AAAAAGGAAGAUAUUAUUGAAGGAUUAAAAGAUUAUAUUGUUAAUUUAAAUAUUAGUAAAGGAGUAAUUAAGAAUAAAAAUAAAGGAAAGGUUAAAAAAAUGGUACUUUCUAAUAUUAAGAAGGACGUUAGCGAGGUUCCCGUUAGGGCUUCUACUUGCUUUUUGAUUUUACUCCCCGAAAUUGACCUCGAUAACGGAGAAUAUUUUAAUUUUAGUUCCUACUAUUGUAGUAUUAAAUAA